AUGACCGACAGUGCCCAUGCCGCAGUUAUUGCCGUUACAGCCUGGAAACUCAAGUCCGAAAUAGAUUCUUGCAGCGCGGCUGCCCCGAGCGACGUCCUAUCGGAAGCCAACAGCGCAGUCAUGGUGCAAAAAUUUUACGAUAUGGUGCCUUGGAUCUUGAUUGCCGCCCAGGACCUUAUCGAUGUGAAGGACGGUUUCAUUAAAGUCGGAUUUGUAACCCGGGUUUGUUCCUUCGUCAAUCCUGUCGUUACGAGCGUCACCGCUUUGAGGGAUAAGGUCGAUACUUGCACUGCGGAUGAGGACAAGGCCACCGUUCAAGAGAUAUGUGCCACGGUUUUAGAAAAGAUGAUGAAGGUCAAAGACACGUACUGUGGCUAG